GUUUUACCCAUAAUACACAUACGCAAUACACACUAUCUUCUGUUUCUUGAAAUUUCCAAGAUUUGCAAAACCUCAGAUUCGCAAAACCUACCCACCAUUCCCAUAAAUGCCAAAAAUUCACCCUAUUUUACAACCAUUUUUAGAGAGAGAAAUUUCUAGAGAGAGAACCAAAAAGACAGGGAGACUGCUAAAGUGAGGUGUGAAGUUUUGGAAGCAUAUACAGAGCGUUUAUAAUUAAAUAAUUCAGUGUGAAACUCAUAAAUUCAGGAAAAAAAAGAAAAAUUCAAUUUUUUUCACAAAAUUGUAGAUUCAAAGCUGAAAUUAUUUACCAGAGGGACAAUCUACGAUCUGGGUUGUCCCGAAUUUUUGCGGUAUUUAAUUUUCUCUCUCUAAAAGUUUAAUUUUCUCACUCUACCAAAAUCAUGCCAUCGGGUGCUAAGAAGAGAAAAGCUGCCAAGAAAAAGGCGCAAAAGCAAGCCCAUAACACUGAUGGGUCUCACCUUCAAGGGAUUGAUGAGACGAAAUCACAUGAUGAGAGGGAGAGUGAUGGUGGUGAAGGUGAGAGAGAGUCUUCUGAGGAACGUGGUGUGAGUAAGAAUGAAGAGGGUGAGCAAAAUGUUGCGGAAUUUUCGAAGGAGGCGAAGUUGAAGGAGAAUUAUGAUGAUGAUGAGGUGAGGGUUAAUGUCGAGGAUGAUGUUAGAGGGACUAAGAAUGGGAAACAUAAAAGUUCGAGCUCGAGUUCCAGUGGUAGCAGUUCUGAUGAUGAUGAGAUUGCAGUUGAAAAGGAGAAAUCAGUGGUUUCUGAGGUCCAGAGCUCACUUCCAGAAGCAUCCAGGGAGGAUUCAGUGAUUUCCGAGGUGGUCUAUGGUUCGGUUGAGGAGAGUAUCCCUGUUGAAGAGUCAGUUAAGCAAGUGGUUUCCUUGCCACAAGAGGUGAAGACUGAGAGUGUGAGUGCGGAUGUUGAGGAUCCGGUGAUCACUCAUGUUAUUGAGUCAGAAAAAAAGCAAAACCUGGAUGAAGUCUUAUCAGCAGGUGAAAAACAGACAGUUUCUCCUGGAGUGACAGAAUUUCUGCAAGAGAAGAUUGAGAAAAAAAUUAUUCAAGCUCAGGAAGAGGGUCCUAGGAACCAAUCUGAAUCCGCAGACAUCACAGCAAGAAAUGGUGAAGGUUUGCCACAGUCUUCUGGUGUAACGUCUGCGGAUGCUUGUUUUGAGGAUAAUCAUGUGAAAGAAUCAGAGACGCAGAAAUAUGUUGAGGAACAGCCUUUGGCACCUUCUGCUCCACUGCCAGUUCGACGAACCUCCUUGAUGAAUUGCUGUGGGCUUCUUGAAGUUUUCUCAGGUGGUGCCAGUAGAUAAAUUUAGCAUUUCUUUGGGUUUUUAUUUAAUGCAGAGGCAAAGUAUCAACUUUCAAGUUUCAAAUUCAAGCAAUGUCAACUCGUCAAGAGUAGAAGUUUCGCUAUGAGAAGUAGAGAACAUGGUUAUAUAGGAAAUUAUUGAUACAUAGACUUUUUUUAAGGAUCUUCAAGCUUUCCCUGAUAGAAUAUUUUAAAUUCAAUGUACUACAUAAACUGUUCGGUGUCUAUUAUAGUGCUUUUGUUGAUAGUCCGGUUAAUAUCAGAGCGUUGUCCCAACGCUCUGGUUUUUGGUCCUGCACAUGGAAGUGCAUUUUGUUUGUUCUGUUUUUGGGCAUUUGAUGUAUGGUUUAAAGAAAAGAGUCUGCUUUUGAUACGCAAGAUUACUUGCUCUAGGUUGAUCAGCACUCUAGCUUUCUCUGUAAUUUUAGUCAUGCUGUUAAACUUUGCUGUAAAUGCAUAUUCUGUUCAAUAAUCAGAUUUAUGGCAAUACAUCCUUCAAUAGCUGCCAUUUAAGACA